AUGAUUGCAGACGCGACACUCUCGCAAGCUGGAGCCCGCUCCGUAGCUUCGAGACCUCUCAAGCGUGGUAGGGCUUGCAUGAACUGUCGCUUCCUCAAAAUCAAGUGCGAUGGUGUAAAACCUGUCUGUGGGCCGUGUCGGAAGCACCCGAAAGACGACGAAUGCGAAUAUAACGAUGGGCCCACACGUUCCCGGACUAAAGCUCUGGAGGACAUGGUCCAGCGACUAGAAGCAAGACUCCAUGAACUAGAGCAUCCAGAAGAGACUACUCCAAGCGUGACUCUAUACGACCCCUACUCUUCGUUACCACCCCCACCUCCUCCAGGUCGUCUAACGAUCCCACAACUCACAUUGCUGGAUUCUGGUCAUCGGUCUCUUCCCGGAACUCCAUUUCGCUCUCUGCUUCCUCGAUUGCAAACACCCGUAGGCAGUCAGUCGUCUCCAGAAUCGCAUCUGGCCCCACUCUCGCCUCCUUCCACGACAGCAAGCACACCCCCGCUGUCACUAUUUGGCAGUCAUGGCCACGGACCCAGCCCUAGCCCCCUGGGUAUCUUUGACUCGCGCGCUGUCGCGGUGGCCACACCCGACUCUAGUGUGGCGUCAAGUCUAGAUCUCCUCGACCCUCAACUAUGCGAAAGAUUAUUACAUGCAUUUCUUCCCUAUGCUUCCCAGUUCGGCUUCUUUCUUGACCUGGAACCUCGAAGAUUUAUGCUACGCUCUCAGCAAUACCCACCCACGAGCCCCAAUUCAGCCCCUGCCCUCGCGAUAACUCUUGGGAAAAGUUCCCCAGCUCUUUUGUACACGCUUUGUACCUUUGGUGCCCAUCUUUCUCCUUCAAGAGAUCGGGCCACCGAAGAGCGUUUCCUAUUUCGUGCGCUACAGGCAUGUGCUACCUCGACCGCCGAUUCAAACCCCCAGUGGCUGGUGCAUAUCAUCCAGGCAGAGGUCUUAUUGGCGUACUACUUUUGGCGUACGGGAUCGUUACUUCGGGCUCGCGUCCAUUUUGCCGCCGCCCAUGCAUUCGUUUCCGGCUCAGGAUUACACAAGCCCCGUGAAGACGCACCAAUCCUUGCUAUCUCAAUCGAACAUAGGCACGAGAGUCGACCUCGCAGUCCAUAUCAUUCACCGCCGACAACGGAACGACGUCUGCUACCCCCAACCGACCCCAUUGAUGCUGGCGAGCGGAUACGAGCUGUCUGGGUUGUUUCAGGCUUACAGCAAAUGCUAUCAGUGGCGCUGGACUCCCCGUCAGAAGACCUCGAUGUUCAGGUUCCGUGGCCCCGAGAAAUUGAAGAGUAUCGUUCUGACUGGGCGGAAGGGAUCAGGGGGAAGAGCACGAUGAAACUUUACCUUGCCGGCCAAGAAACGCCGCAGCCCAAUGAGUCGAUGAAUGCGAUGCUCUCAAAGGCUCAGCUUCUCCUCCAUCGUGUCGCCUCGCUCCAAGCACAGGCGUUCAAAUCCACGGGUGUCGGACAACAGGCUCAAGCUGUUGUUGCUACUUUCCAGAGCCUCAGUGCGCUUGUGGAGGCGCUUCGCACACAGCUUCCAUUGCGGUAUUCUUCAAGCAAUGUUUCCAGCCGGCGCUCGUCAUAUUCGCCGUCUCAUUCUUCGGGCUCGUCUGAGGAGACAUAUCCCCAGGGCCGAACACACUCCCCGACAUAUCGACAGCAAUUGCAACAGCUGUCAGCUCCUGCGGCGUAUUCGCAGUCGAUGAGAACGCAAACGCACUCGCCGAGUUAUGCCUCCGAGUAUCAGCCCUCCCAACUUAGCUCCCCUGACUACCAUAACGUCCCCAUGCCCCUUUCGUCCGAUCCGGCCACAGAUGUUGACUCGCGUGUCACUCUCGCUCAUGACCUCCUCGACGGCGCUACUCUCCGGCUACAUGACAUCUUUGUGUACAUGUACGGCGCCAAUGUCGACCCCAGCGCCAACACCCAAGCGAUCAGAACGGCGAUGGGCUUGCUGCGCCAUGCCGCGACUGCCUCGGCCCGCCCUGUGAGCCCAAUCGUUGGUAUCGUUUGGAAUCUCGCUAUCACAACGUUGGCGGACGAGCUGAAGCGUUUGCGGCAGCAACAGCAGGGGUGGUCGACGUCUGACGGGGAGUAUGAGAAGGAGCUUCGCGGAUGGCUGCAGGAGGGUCUGUUGGCUCUGGAAGCAGCAGCGAGAGACAGCGCCGUGAUGCGGAGAGAGUUGGGUCGGGCAAGGGAGGUCGUAGCUGCCAGCGGGAGUGCUCUUUGA